GAUGUAGUAGAAUCAGUUAGAAAGGUGGGAUUAUCACUUGGAGCAAUAGAAAAAUCAGAUAAAGUGAUUUCAUCACUUCAAUCACGCAUUAAAAUUGCAAGAGAAGCAGCAUCAAGGUCAAAAAAUAAUGGACUGGAACCAGUAAAAGUGGCAUUUUUUGAAUGGUGUGAUCCUAUUUAUCUUGGUGGACAUUGGACUCCUCAAUUGAUUCGUUGGAGUAAUGGAAUCCAAGUGAUAAAUGAUUGUAAAGAUGAAGAAAUUGCUCAAGCUGGAGCAUCACCUUCGUAUGGUUUAUUUUAUUUUAAGAAUUCAAAUUAG